AUGGCCAGUAAGGGCCCCCCGGCUGCCUAUGUCGAAGAAUACGACGAAGAUUCCAACGCUCCUCUACCCGGCACUAGACUGUCAGCAAAUAUUGCUCCCAAUAGUGCUGUCAAACUUUCCAGGUUGGAUCCCAGAAUUCCGGAGCCGCUGAUCGACGGCGCCAGUGACUCAGGUUAUUCUAGUCGCACCGCCGCCACAAUCAACAGCACCCAAUCUGACCCGUCAGGCGGAAAAAGUCACCCCAGCCCUCUUAAGCUGGAAAAUCCCAAACGUACCGACCUCAACAGAAAAACUUCCACCAGAUAUCGCAGGGACCCGGAACAAUCAAGGCCUUCGCGCGAAGAGAAGAUGGUAGGUGCCUUUUCGGGCGCUGCCCAUCAUGCUCACGCGCAUCGGUCAUCUUCCAAGCCUCGUCGACAGGAGCGUCCCCGCCAGUAUCAUGAUAGCUACUACGAUUACUCUGGUGGCUACCACCCUUCCACCCCGAUGGAUCAUCGACCGGGUGAGUAUCCUUAUUACGUUCAACAACGACCUCCCGUCCCGGACUUUGCAUCCUCCCCACAUCCGACUCAAUACCCCCGCGCUGUUGAAAACAUCCACGUCAGUCACUCUGGUCGACCCCACCGCUCCCAUUCAUAUAACACCUACCACUCCAAUGGUCGUCCUAUGAGUUUCCAUGGCGGCAUGCCACCAGGCAUGGGAUCAGGAAUGACAUCUCCGAUGUACAGCCAGUCCUCUAUGCAAGGAUACGACCCUGGUCACCCACCGACCAGCUAUAUGCCAAGCCAAUACUCAUCAUCUCCUUACGGUCAAUCUUCCUACUAUGCCCCGUCGGCAUCGGAGUAUGGUCCUCCAUCGGAUUAUACUCGGGAGCGGUCCCAAUCCCGGGAGCCAUCGCGGCGUCGAUCUGCAUCGACCUAUGGGCCUCCACAGCCCCCGCCCAUGGAACCCGAAGCGUACUGGUAUGAGGAAGAUCAUCCUCUGGAGCGUUAUUCCUCACGAGAGGUCCGUGGUCGUCCUUCCACAAGCCACCAGGAACAGGAUGAGGACUACUACCGAAUGCCCCCACCACCGCCACCACCACCACCACCACCACCAAUGGCCAAACCAAAACCCAGAUCAAACCCACAAGUCCACCAGGUGAAACGCCCAGAGCGACCCGAAGCACGAAAAAUGCACACCAGCGCUGCCACCGUUCCCUCUCAACGCCGCACCUCCAGAGUCAUGGGAGGAGAUUAUGACCCAAUGGACAUGCCAGAUCUGAGAGAUGCCCUGCCGGUGGUCCCGGAUCGGAGACAUCGUCGUAUGUCAAGGGAUGCUCCACUGCCAGAGAGAACCCACAGCCUCAGAGAUACCCGACGCUCUACGUCCUACCAGGAUGAGCGUCGGUCUGCUCAGAUUGCUGUGGCGAGCUCUCGGCGGCGAAAGCCAACCGAGUACUACUACGAACCAUCUAGCACCGCCGAGGAUCUCGAAGACCGCGAAAAUGAAGUUGAAGCCUACCAGGCAGAAGCACGGGCCAGCCGACAAUCGGCUGCCACAUUGCCUCUCUCGCAAGAUGUGCUCCCUGCUAAAACGUCCAACCGCAAUGGCAGCGACAGUGGCAGUCAAAAGAGCCGAUCCAACAGCAGUCGUGGUAGCGGCACAGGCUCACGGACGGAAGAAGACAAAAAUAUGACCCUAACAUUGAACGGAUUGAAAAUUGGAUUUACACAGGAAGCUCUGGCAGGCAAGUCCGUUAACAUUCGUGCCGGGGAGACUGGGGCUGUACGAUUGAACAUCGGUGGCAACCUUCGACAACCCAAGCAGUAUGUUAAUGGCACUGGCUCUGACUAUGCGGGUGGCUCCAGCCGCCGGGAGAUUGAGGAUGGGCGACGUCCCCGCGGCGAUAGGCGGUCGGGCGCUAGUCGCCGAGAUAGCCAGUCUGCUUACACGGGUCGUUACCAUCAUUGA